GCUUCUUCAACUUCUUGCUUUCACUCACACCACACCGCACCACAAGGAUGCCUGCAGGAACCCCUUCCAUCCCUCGAAACAAGCGCUGGUCUGCUGUUUCGGCCUCCGCCAACGCCGACGUCGCAUAUCAAAAGUUCCUGAAAGAGAAACCAAAUGUAUACGAGUAUGUGUGCAUCUGCAAACGGCCCGGCGCGGAUGACGAUGAUGAAGACGAAGAUGAAGACGAAGAUGAAGACGAAGAUGACGCCGAAGAUGGAGACAACAAUGAAGCCGAGUGUGACGGGGGCAAAACCUGUCGGUGUUUCAAGCCUGCGGCCGACUAUCCUGAUCACCCCUGGAUAUUCUCUAGAGCUGGAAUGGACAAAAUGAUCACUUAUCGUAUCAUGUUGGAUUUGCGAGAUCCGGAUUCCUUUUCGAUGUACACUUUCAACGACCACUCCGGCUAUGGUGCGAUUGAAGUCGUACAGAAUAUGAUGCUCGAUUUCGAAGAAGCCUCGGGCAAAUGGCAGCAGCAGUGGGCCGUGAUUGAAGCCCUAGCCUGGCUGCUUAGUGGUGACUUUCUCUCACCUAUGGUGAUGAUUGAUGAUGGGGAUCUCUUCCAAGAAACCUCAAUCCUGCUUGAACAGAUGUUCCUCGCCAUGCUCUCCGAGCUCGAGAAGGAAGGCCAAUUGGAGGCACACUCUGAUGUCCACAAUAUCGGUUUCAUAAUGGGGUUGAUUGCCGGUGAAGCCAACACUUUGCGGUCUGAUGGUUCCAUUAACAUUGAGAAGUCGAAAGCGAAGUCGUAUCACGGACAGAAUUUCAUUUCCUAUCUGCUCGCCUAUGCCAGCAAAGGCAAUAUCACCAUGCGCGGGCCGUCCAAUAUCGACGACAUAAUUGCUGAGGGUGAAGAAUUGUCAGAACAGGAGAACGUCGAACUUCCCACUGCCCAAAAAGACCCCUGGAAAUGGGGGACGGCUUUCAAGGCAUACAAAAGAAACGCAGUUGCCCCUUACGGCGGCCGCCCCAGGACAGCCAUCGGUGGUGAUCGUCUCGAUAUCACCACCUAUUCUAGUGCAGAGCGGAAAAGAGCAAGUUUCACUAAGAAAGAUCCGCUUACUGCGGACAUGAUCAAAUCGAUCAAGGAAGGGUUGGUCCUUCAACUUGCAUAAUCGUUCUCAAGAAUGCUGGCCAGAUAUUUUACUAUCAUUUCGGAAUUAUUUGAUGACUGGGUUUGCUCUGACUCUACCAUACCUUUGUCUGAUCUAGGCUGGACCUAUUCAUCACGGGUGGUUAUCAAACUCGUAUAAUAAGAUUAUGAAAAAAAAUAAUGAUAAU